AUGGUCCCAGAUAGUGUGAGCAGGCCACAAUUGCCAGGCGCAGCAAUAGCCCAGCAACAACAAAAACAAACCGAUUAUGGAGCCAAACCGAAGCGGAGUCUCGACUAUAUCAUAAAGAGCGGGCUGGCCGGCGGACUGGCAGGAUGCGCCGCAAAAACCGUGGUCGCUCCGCUCGACCGCGUCAAAAUUCUCUUCCAAACAUCAACCCCAGAAUACACCCGCUAUAGAGGCAGCUGGCACGGCUUCCUGUCCGCCAUCUCGGUGAUCAGACAGAAGGAAGGCACCCGCGGUUUAUUCAAGGGCCACUCUGCGACUCUGCUUCAGAAAUUCCCGUACGCGGCGAUCAACUUCCUGGGAUACGAACAGAUCCGCGCAACACUCAUCCCGUCCAAGGAUAAGGAGACGCCAUUCCGCAGACUUCUGUCUGGUAGCCUUGCGGGGGUGGUCUCUGUCUUGUUUACUUAUCCGUUUGAUCUCAUCCGCGUGCGAAUGGCAAUUGAGAUUAGCCAUCAGCAUCGGUCUUCGAUGAGGGCUGUUUGUUGGCAGAUAUACCAUGAGCAUUCGCAUCCUCAUCCUCCAAGUGCCGCAGCAACAACACCAGCAACUGCAACCGGCACAAACGAAACACUUUUCAACAAACUCAGCCAACGAUUUAAACUAGCGAACUUCUACCGCGGCUUCAGCCCCACCUUGCUAGGUAUGAUCCCUUACGCGGGGAUGUCCUUCUUCACCCAUGACCAAGUCGGCGACUGGCUGCGCAGCCCAACGUUGGCACCAUACACCACAAUCCCAAACUCAGUCACGAAACCCGGAUCCAGGCAUGCUGGACGCCCACAGCUCGUUGCUCCGGCAGAGUUAUCCGCCGGCGCGCUCGCCGGCGCGGUUGCGCAGACGACCUCGUAUCCCUUCGAGGUUCUGCGGCGGCGGAUGCAGGUUGGUGGCCACCGUCUGGGGAUUGGCGGAACGUGCCGCAAGAUGUGGGCGGAGAAUGGGUUUCGGGGGUUUUGGGUCGGAUUAAGCAUCGGGUAUUUUAAGGUUGUGCCGCUUGUUGCAACGAGUUUCCUGGUUUAUGAGAGGCUGAAGUGGGCGUUUGGGAUUUAA